GAAAAAACACAAAACACUCAAUUUGGGCUGUUGUAUGUGGUGUUUUCUAGGAUUUUUAGCAUUUUAAAAUCUCCACAAUGACUAUUUUACCGAAGAAGAAACAUUCUGAGUCCAAGAAGAGUGAAACGACCUCAAAUAACGAAAGCAGAACGCGAAUACGAGGUAAUUCGUCUUGGACUUCGUCGGCGAGCGUAACUGAGAGAGGUCGAUCGAGCGAAGAGUAUUCGAGUCAUGAAGAACAGUAUCUUGGAAAUAGUUUUGAGAGUAGAGAAGCCACUGAUGUAGCUUCUUGUAGUUCCAAAAGGCGACAUAGAAGUCCCCCUCAUCGCCACAAAUACCAUGAAAGGCAUAGCGAGGAAACAGGUUACAACAGUUCCGAUGAACAUGACACUCAGACGACUGACCAACCUUUGUCUUCUGAAGAGGUACACCCCUCUCUUUAUUUAUACGUUUACUUGGGAUUUUCGAAAGAACUGAUCGCCAUGUCUCAUUUUCUUUCGUAUUUCAUUAAGGUGGAGAGGCAGUUUGAGCAAGCAUUAAAGGAAAAGAAAGGUUUUAUAGUCAAGAAAAUGGGCCAAGAUGGCGCGUGUUUAUUUCGGGCUGUUGGUACGUAAACUCACAGUAUAUUAAUCAUCUCACGUCAUGCUAAAAAGUUGCACCUUAAAAUAAUGGGUUUUUUUGUAAAAUAAGUACCUUUUCCCUCCAUUUGAUAUUUUCAAGGGCUGCUAGUAUUCAACACAUGGUUGAAGCUGGUACCUAGGUCAUUUUUGCAACUGAUUCACUAUACAAAACCCUAUAUUUCGACCUCACAUUUAUUACUGAACGAUGCAAACUUAUAUAUUUAAUUAUUAGAGGAGACAAAGCUCGUUUCAGAAUUCUCUUGCAAUAAGAAGUAUUUUUAGCCGUAUUCUCCAAAAACAUCUGUAAAUCAAGUCAGUCAUAUCAUGUAAAUUGAUGUACAUGUGGCUCUGUCUUUUUGUAGGGCUUUGUCUGCUCUUGGUACCAAAAUUUUCGCUCAGUAUUAAUAUAUCCACGGUUUUUUCCCAUAACAUACCAACUGGAAAUGUGGGACAACUAGCCAGUGUGGCAAUGUACUUUAGGUAUUGUACGUGAUCAUGAGGAAGCGUGGGGUGAAUUUCAUUGACUAUAUUUGCUUGCAUCUUGUGUGGAGUAAUAAAACACUUUGUUGAACAUGUGUUGGAAAACAAAACCUUUUAACUGUAAUGUGAUAGUGUAGUACAACUUGAAGGAUGUAUUGAGUCUUGCUGAAAAUUUGCCUUUUAAGAGCUUUUGUCUACAAAUCAAAAUUGUCCAAAGCUUGUAUAUACACUUGUCUAGUUGAAUCCCAAUGCAACAGAGUUGCAACGGACUGUGAAAGUCAUUGAUAUAGUGGGGUACAUUAUAUGGAAAUCUUAUUUGUUAUACUGAGCUGUUUGUUUGUGUGGCAUAUAAUAGAAUUGUUAUGUUGUUGUUUCAAUGAAAUGAACUGUUUUGCAAGAUACUUAAUAAAUUUUGUUUUUAUUCCACAUGCACACAAAAAUAUUAGCUUUGAAUUCUUCCGUAGAUUUUAAACAACCAGCACAGGCAGAAAGGAUAGUGGACUGAUUUCUUUUGUUUAAAUUUAAAAACAAAGGAAACCUGUAAUGUUUAACUUCGGUUGAAUCAUUGAGUUUUAACAGAAACUCAUAAGGGGUUGAAAGGUGUAACUCACGUUCAAUGCUCGUGAAUAUUCAAUUUUACCAUAUUUGGAAACCUUAGUGACAGAUAUCCAUUUUCAACACAAUGGCUGCCGCGCGAUCACCAUGCAGAUGUUUUAAGACGAGGUCUGCAUUUCAGGCUUAAAAAUGCAUCAUUAAAAAACAAAAAAAUGGAAAGAGAAAGUUAAAAAGAAUGCUCAGCUUUCUUCUUGUGGAAGAAGGGAAGCUUUUCAUCAAGAAAUCCUCCUUCGAGGAAUUCAACCUUGUUUUCUUCACGACGGAUCUCUGGUCUGUUUUGAAAUGCAACCAAGGCAGUGAAGUUUUUGCUGAAUUUUCAGGUACAUUUUGCACUCUAUAGCCAAGAUAAUUACGUUUUUCAAAGGGAAUUUAUGUAUUUUUAAAUGUCUCAUAGACGUUUCAUAAAUUUUUCUCUUCGGCGCAAAAGAAAAAUUACAAAAUGUGCCCCGAUUUGAGAUGGAUUUUGGGUUGAAUUUUGCCAUGUGCUCAGCCGAUUUCACUUGCGUGAACGGAUCCACGAUCGAGAUGGUGUUUUCCGAAUUGCUUUAAAGGAUUUUGAAUAAAAAUUUUUAACAAACGGCUUCUCUGUCUAUUGUUUUGAGUUUGUUCAUUCAUAAACUUAGCUCAAAACAUGAUCGUGACUACAACAUCUAAGCUGAAUUUAAGUUUAACUGCUUCUCACAUUCAUCACACACAUCACUUUUUGUGAAGAUGUCAGGUUCAGGUUUUGGACUUUUUUCCUUACGCAGCUAAUAAAUUUUAUUCCAAAAUAUUUUUUACUGUUUAUUAUAGACUUUUAAAAUAAGAAUUCUAAAAGCUUAUUUGCAUUAUAAGUUUACUGUGCAGAGGGUCAACGAGGCAUCGUUUUUUGAAGUGAUGGAACUUCGAGAAGUUCCACUUGCGAGGACGUAAGUGGGUUUCAUAAUGUUUCGUUUGGCCCAGGUAGUAAGGCAACAUCCAGCUCAGUGUUUCGGUAAGAUUCCUGGUUUCAACCUUUCAAAGCUUUCUCGGCUUUCGGGAGUUUUUUCCUUCGUCUGUCGGCCAUUUUUUUAAGCGGGCGCGGGAACAUGAAGUAAAACUACGUCACGUUGUUUGCGAAGUUUGAUUGGUUAGUUAUAUCUUCUUCUCGUUCCAAAUAUGGUACUUUUGAAAAUGAAUAAUCACGAGCAUCGGACAAAGCAAACAUAUGAGAGUUACACGUUUCAACCCCUUAUGAGUUUCUGGUUUUAAGCAAAGAAUCACAGGCAAAUUUUUAUUAUUCAAACUGUUGCCUUUGACAUUGCCAUCUUACAUUUUUGUGGAUAUAAAACAGUAUUGUGUAUGUACAUGUACUUCUUUGCUACUUUAUCCAAAAACAAGCCUCGCAACAAGCCACAAGUGCGGUGGUAGAAGGCCUACUACGGGUACCUCUCUAUUACAGACAGAUGACUGUCCAAACACAACUGGAAGUUGUGCAGCAUCUAACUGUUAUAACAAGUACAACCCUAUAAUGUCCUUAUCAAUGACACACGGAGAAGGCUUAACAGAGAGGAAAAAAAAGUUUUUUUAUUAUAGACCAUUUGUUCUAUGUAUCAACAAUGCUGUUAUUGUUCAGUUGUAUAGUUUUAGUCAAGAGUAGAUACAGGAUAUUCAAAGGGGUAGACUUGUGCACAUAUUUCUAAUGGUUCCCAAGCUAGUAAUUCUCACCCUUUUCUCUCAUCAUGUGUUAUUGUGUAGUUAGUGUAGUGCAAAUUUUUCCUGUAAUGAAGUGAGGUGUACUGUGGUUGAGGACAAGAGGUCAUGAAAUUUCUAUACACCUCUGGUCUAAGGCAUGAUUUAUCAUCCCCCUCCCCUCCCCACUCUGCCUCCCUCUCCUGAGUCCACCACUAAACUGACUGAGGUAAAUUUGUUUCAGCUGAUCAAGUUUAUGGUGACCAGGAGAUGCACUCCGAGGUUAGAAGACACUGCAUGGAUUACAUGGUAUGUACAGGGCCGCUGAUGUUUCUAUUCAAGUUUAAGAAAUCUGCGGGAUUGUUGGUGCAGUAUUAACUGUCAAACCCGAAACAAAGCUGCUCCUGCUCAUUGCAUUUGUACCUUGAUUUACCAUGACCACCUACAUAUAUACCCUUGCACUCAAAAUUAAUACAGAUGGCUGUGGUUGUCCAUGUACACUGUGGCUGCUACUCUUUGGAUAUAAUUAAGUUGUUGAUUCACUGUAUUACACUACUACAAGAAACUCUUUGCCAAUAUACCUCUGAGGGAAAAAAAACUUUAUCAGUUGGGCUACAAGACAAUACUGGACUCUUUCCUGUGCUUGUAUUCUGAUUAUUGAUUAUUUUAUCAUUGUUUAAAAUCCAGCUCAAGAAUGCUGACUACUUCUCACAGUAUGUUACUGAAGAUUUUAAUGGCUAUAUCAAGCGUAAACGGGAAAUCCAUUGUCAUGGAAACCAUAUUGAGAUGCAGGCUAUGUGUGAGAUGUACAACAGGACAAUCGAAGUCUAUCAGUACAGCACAGGUAAAAAUAACAGCAAGUUAACUGUUCUUAUGGGCUCAUGUGUUUACUGAAAACAGUGUAAAAACUUAUCACAUAACUUAUGACAUGCAGGGUGGAAAUAUUUCAGUCUUCUGGUUGUUUGGACUAGUCCUUAAAAUUCCUAAACCUGCUGAAGAUCAAAUGUAGAGAUGCUAAUUUAUUUUCUGUUGUCUGUUGUACAGAACCGAUCAACAUCUUCCACAGUUCAUACAAGACUGACUAUGAACCAAUUCGCCUUAGUUAUAAUGGUAUCCACUAUAAUUCAGUGCUCAAUCCCAAUGAACCAUCUGUUGGUGUAGGACUUGGCCUUUCUGGCUACAAACCAUGGGUGAGUAAAGUUGUGCACUCAGUAGCUCACUCAUGCUCAUUAAUUUAUUAUGCAGUACAGAGGAGAUCCCAUGAACAGUUGAGUGUAUCUGUAGUUUGCUUAGAUUCCAGUUACUUGUUCAAAGAGUAAUACCUGGCUGUAUUUCUGCUUGUAAUCAGAGAGAUUUGAAGGGAGCACAACUCUCUUCAGUGUUGUUCUGCCACUUUGUGCUUGUGUUAUACCAGUAUCCACAGACAUUUUACUGCUGUGGGAACAUAUUUCAGCUUUAUACAGUCGACUCUCGAUAACUCAAACCUUCAAGGGAAUCAAAAAAAGUUCGAGUUAUCGGGAGUUCGAGUUAUCAGAAGCUCAAAGAGAAUAGCCGCGAGUAAGGUAAAAACAGUUUUUACUGCACAGUGAACAUUUUAAUCACAUUUAAUUGUAGAAAUGUCAAGUGAAAAUUAAAAGAUACUUCUAGAUUAUAAAUCAGAACGUAAUGUAACAAAACAUAGCCUAAGAGCAUGCGUUUUACCGUUUUGAGAAGUAAAGCUGCUUCAUGUUAGCCUGUGACAAUCAACAUCAGCCUCCAUCAGUAAACUAUACUCCUACAACUCGUUAAUAGGAAAUCCAAAAUUCAAUGUUUCGGACAUCAGUAGAUGGCUUUUUUCCCGACUUUUUAAGGGCUCAAAACAUGGUUCGAGUUAUUGAGGGUAACAUUAUAUGGAAAAUGACCUGAUUUGAAACAAAAAUUGGUUCGAGUUAGCAGGAGUUUGAGUUAUCGAGGGUUCGAAUUACCGAGAGUAAAAUUACAGUAAAUGUAUGACGAAAAUCCAGGGGAAAUCGAUUUUGGUUCGAGUUAGCGCGAGGUUCGAGUCAGCAAGGGUUCGAGUUAUGGGCAGUCGACUGUAUUCAAAAUACUGUGUUUAAGAUGUCUUCUGUUGUUUUAUUGUUUUACAUAUUUACUUUUAUUUGUUUUAAUAUUACUUACAUUCUAUAUCUUGAAGAAUAAAAUAAGAACAGAUGUGUCUGAGAUGCUGAUGCUAAACAUUCUAUGGUUUUGAUGCAAUAUGUGUCAUUUGGUGUUUCCAUUUGUAGGGAACGCUGGUUAAUGAUGCAUUCAAACAAUCAGAGGACUGGCAUAUUGAACAGGUAUUUUUGUUAGUUGCAAAAUCAGAGUUCAAGCACCAUCCACUCAAGAUAAAAGUAAAUAACUGUUGUAACAGAAAAGAUAGGUCUUGGGGCCCAACCUGUCAUUGGACUAAAUGACUGGCUAAAGACCCUCACUGUGAAGCUUAAGCUACAUUGUAAGUGAAGAGAUAUUAAGAUCCAACAUGACAAUGUUCAAACAUAAUGUUUCUGUUUUGUCCUACUAAAAUGGCAACCCAGACAUGUAAGCAAUUUUACGGGUAUGUCCUUUCGUUAGAAGAAAGUUAUUGGCAGCCCUGUCUCACCCAUCCAAAGUUAAAACAACAUCUUUCCUAUUUGAUUUACAUAUGUACAUAACAUGUUAACUGCUUGCAGCAAAUGUUGGCUGAUAAACUUCGUUGUACUGACUGGGAGGCCACAAAUGAAGCCAUGGAGGAAGCAGUUGCUCGUGAAUCUUAUUUGGAAUGGCUUAGGGAACGUGAGAAGAGGGCCAGAGGAGCCAAAACUCUGGUAAGUUUACCAUGAAAAUAAAAAAGCUAAAAAGGGGCAAAUUUUGACUUUUUGUACCAACUGCUUGUAAGAAAAAAAAUAAGCCACACUGACAAGCUUAAACUUUUGGGAGGAUAAUUGCAUUGUAAACAUCUAUGUAUGCUCAAUUUUCCAGCUGAAACCAGUGAAUUUUAGUAUUGAGUGUGGUUGAAUUUUUGAUUUAUUAUCAAUUUCCUUAUUUUCACAUGUGGCACCUUUUUACCUCAGAGACUACUAAGUAGAGAAAUUUGCGGUAUGGAGUUAAUACACACUGUAUAAUGUUGAGUGAAAGUUUAUGCGAUUUGUGCUCUAGCCUCGUUCCAGUCCCACUGCUACCAGUAGUACAUCAACCUGUACAGAAUCCAAGCGACCCAACUCCCCACACCACCGGGAACGGGAUCGAGAUGUACCUGAGAGUGCCCCUCCUAGUAAGUCACCUCGUCAUUCACCCAGCUCUCCUCGUCAUGAAAAUUUUGCAAGUUCCACUUCAUCAGAGGCCAAGUCAUGUCCCUCUGCCAGUCAGGCCACCACAACUUGUACUGUUAGCUCCAUGAAGGAUACUGAUUAUAAUUCCAAGCCAGGGUGUUCAACAGAGUCAUCUAACCCUCCCUCUCCCCCUGGGGCUACAGGAGGUGCUACUGCUGAACCUAACUAUUUGGAUUAUCUACCUCCAACUGGAUAUGGUAAGAACUUGGGUCCCUAGAAAAUAAUAUUAUUAUGCAUGCUUUGCCAUUAGGUUGAAAAGUCUGGCUAACCUGUUAGUGAUGCAUUCCACUUCCUAAUUUACGACAUUACAGUUUCAUUUGCAACUAAAUCCUUUCAUUCUUCAGUGAUAACACAAUGUUUAUGCUAGUGUUUGAGAUUAUAGGUCAGAGCACACUAGGGGACAAGAGACAACAACAUAUCACAGGGCCGACAGUUUGCAGCAACAAAUUGCUUUGUGUGUACUGGAGAAUCUUGUCACCUCAACAAACCACCUAACUUCAAACUGAUUUGAUUUUGUACAACUUGUUGUGGUGACAAAAUUCUGUGCUCACCGAGACAAAUUCCCAUAUAAAUUAUCCAAUUUACAGAAACUGAUUUGUUGCUGUAAUGGGUCAGUGCAACUUGUUGCUGCCACAAACAAAUUACCACAGCAGUCCCUGGGCGCUUUGUAAAUUGAGGUUCCACUGUAGUGUGGAAGUUUGUGCUGAUUUAGGCCGCAGCGUCUCCUCCGAUUACUUUCUGUAAACCAUUGAAAAUAUUCCCUUAAUCGCUCUAGAAAAAAAACUUUCAAUAUAUUUCUCGUUCUUUUAAGCUUGCCCCUUCGACGGUGCAAGUUUUGGACUUCGCCAAUAGACACCGAGACGAAUAUGUAGAUAGCGAACUCGAACGUAGCGAAUUUGACAAGUAGCAAAACUGUUGUAAAGUUGCAAAGCUUUUCUCCUCCUCGAUCAACAGUGGUUUAGCUUCUUUCCAUAAUAACAUGGCUGAACUUUUUCUCUUCUUAGGCUUCUCAGAAUGGGAGGAUGAGAGUAUUUUAGCAGCUGUCUUAGCAGAAUCUCAAAAGGAAUAUCUUGAAAAACUUAAGAAAGGUGCCGUGAAAGAAAAGUGUAGCGAUGAAGAUUCAAAAUCCUAGCAGUUUCAACACCCAAAGAUACAUUAUUGCCAGUAUCAAAUUGUAGAAUCAUGUUAUAAAAUUAUACAUAUAAUUAUUGGUUUUUGGUUUGUAAGGGUUACAUAGGAUUUUCAAUGUAGCAAAGUUUCUCAAUUCAAGCUGAUAAGUGCUUGUUUUAUGGUAA